UUUGAUAUGGAACGUUGGUGCAACAAGGUAGCAGUUGUUAGCGGUGCUAGUGCUGGAAUUGGCGCAGCCUGCUGUAAAGCAUUGGCUUCAGCGGGUAUGAUUGUUGUUGGAUUAGCUCGACGACAGGAACGUAUAGAAAAACUUAAAAAUGAACUUCCUACCACAAUUCAGAAAAAUCUACACGCUCGUCAUUGUGAUGUAACCAAGGAGGAAGACGUAAGCCGAACUUUUGAAUGGAUACAAAAUGAAUUGGGCGGAUGUGAUGUUCUUGUUAACAAUGCUGGAAUUAUAGCAACUGCACUUUUAUCCGAUCGCAAUAAUACCGAACAAAUACGUGAUACCAUUGAUACUAAUUUAUUGGGAACGGUGUUUUGUACACGAGAAGCCUUUCAUUCCAUGAGAACUCAAAAGCAAGGCAAUGGACACAUUAUAAUUGUUAAUAGUGUUGCUGGAAUGCAGGUUCCGAAUUUGGGACCCGAUUUGCCGUCAUUAAAUGUUUAUCCCGCUACUAAAUUUGCUCUCAGAGCAAUGAAUGAAAUUUAUCGCCAGGAAUUUCAAAGGCGUAAAACCCAAGUACGGAUAACUACCAUUAGCCCUGGUAUAGUUAACACAGAUAUUCUGCCAACUGAAAUUCAAACAGUGGUUAAACAGUUUAUGCCAAUGUUAAAGUCAGAAGAAGUUGCUGAUGCUGUGUUAUGGGCAUUGGAAACCCCUCCAAAUGUGCAGGUCCAUAACAUUACCAUCAAACCCAUGGGAGAAAAAUUCUAAUUACAAA